AUGCCAACAGUUACAACUUCCUCAGCAGCAGGUACCAUUGAUAAUUUGACGGAUGGAAACCCAACCCAACGGGCAGCUGUGGGAUCCAAUUCGACUCAGCAAAUUAGCGAAGACUCACGGCCAGAACAGCUGCCCUUUAAUGGACCGGAACCCCCUCAAUCGGUUGGCUCAGCGGUCCUAGACGAUAUUUCCUUGGCGGCACAACUCAGCCAGCUUGCUUUAAACUACUCAGGGCGCAAUGAUCUGAACUCAAGUCAGCUCAUUAAUAUAAUACUUAAUCUGAUGGCGAGCAACUCAACAAAUGCAAGCUCUUCAACUCGACAAAUUUCAACACCCAACGAAAUUCCACAAUCAAUAAAUGACUGGGGUUCUUUUAGCUCCAAUCCACGAGCUUGUCAAGGUCCAUCAGUAACGUCAGCGAAUGACAUUUUAUCCAAUCAACUGUUCAGUUUGCUCAUCAGUCUCGGCAAAAUUAAUCCAGCUCUUCUAAGUGCUCUUCUUACAUGUGUCGAAAAUGGGCAGAUCGAUGCGCAACAGAUUCUGGUCAAAUUGUUGACCACUAAGCUAAAUAUGCCUAAUAAUGGACUUAGCAACCUUAGCCUCCUAUCAUCCAUUGGGAGCUUGCUCUCAACAGAGGCUGUGAGGAAUAACAGCGAAUUAAUGGACAUAUUGACCUCUCAGCUUACAGCAUAUGCGGCCAGGUUUGAUAGCGGAAAAGCCUUGCAGUCGAAUGGGUACCAUUACCCACCGAUGGCACACAACAGGCACCAUAUUCGCCAGUCCCCGAAUUUUGGCAAUGAACCGCCAUUUUCUUCUCUCUAUUACCGAAUGCACAUGAAUGACGGUGCACUUUCUGUCGGACAAUGUUGCAAUCGUCAAGGGACACUUGAAGGAGACAUUGACCGAGCUGCAACAAUUUACAGAAAUUCAGCUAAUAAUGCUUCCCAAAAGUUGGAGACAAUUCAUCGCUGGAGCGGAAAGUUACCGAUGAGAAAUUACAACUCCAUGUGCUUCUCCAGGAAGGUUUUUCUAGGCGGGGUACCGUGGGAUAGUACGAGUGAUGAUCUCAUCAACACUUUCUCCCAAUUUGGGAAUGUGUCAGUCCUCUGGCCACAGAAAGAUGGCGGCUACAUCUCUCACCAUCAUAAUAAUGACGUGGCAAUUGACCGGUCCAUGUCCGUUGCGCCAAAGGGAUACUGCUACCUACUGUUUGAGCAUGAAUCCUGUGUUGCCGAACUUUUGGCAAAGUGCACGCGGGAUGCAUCGAAUGGUGGCGAAUACUUUAAACUUUCAUCUCCCAAGUUCAAAUCCAAGAGUGUCCAGGUCAUCCCUUGGGUGAUAAGCGACAGCCAAUUCAGCUGUGGGGGCGGUCAGUCCAGUUUGCAAAUCAGUUACACCGUAUUUGUUGGUGCCCUUCACGGAAUGAUCACCGCUGAAGCGCUCGCUUCCAUCAUGAAUGAAUUAUUUGGAAAUGUUACUUUUGCUGCGUUAGAUACUGACAAACACAAGUAUCCCAUAGGUUCUGGCCGUGUCGUCUUUCGUAAUCAUGCCAGUUAUAUGCGUGCUGUGACAGCGAAUUUCGUGGAGGUUCGCACACCGAAAUUCACGAAGACCAUUCAAAUCGAUCCCUUUUUGGAGGACUCACUUUGUGACACCUGCCACCUUUUACCUGGUGUUUAUUUCUGUCGCUCACUGGAUUGCUUCCAAUACUUUUGUCCCACCUGCUGGCAGAAAUGGCACAGUGCGAACCAAACAAAUCACAAACCGCUCCGUCGAAGUCUCAAGCUCAUCACGGAACGUGCUUAG